UUGCGCUCACGGCCGACCUGGCAUUUCGGCCAGGUCCCCUCCUCUCCUCCGCUCUCUUCCCGCUACAUCAAAGUCGGUCUGGAUCAGCUUGGCCAGUUCAAUCACUCCUUCAUCGAUAUCUUAUCCGCCCUCCCCUUGACGCCGACGGCUCACGGCUACCCCGUCUUUUGGACGAUUCGAUCGACCCCGCCGCCGCCGCCGCGUUCGCAGCCUUUGAUCAUCCCGCCGUCCAUGUUGGCGUGCUGGGUCGCGAUAGCUUUCCAGAGCGGACCCAAUCCCUUGGUCAAGAUUGCCGUCGCUCAGGUUUAUCUCCUACUAGGUACUAUCAAGGAGGACAGCAAGUGGGAGACACAAGCAGAACAAUUGCAGAAGCUCAUCGAUGAUCACGGGAUGGAGGUUUUCGCAAAGUAUUUUACGCGCCUCGUCGCGGCUCAUGCUGGCCAGAUCUUCCUGGGCCAGCCGCGCCCUGGCGGCAAUGGCAACUUCCACCUUCUCAUGAACGAGAUGAAGAAAAUUUCCCACGACGUUGACCAGGCCAACAAAAUCGCCGAAUCCAUCGAGACGGGUACAGAAGACAUAUUCCGCGACUUCGACAUGUCGACCUUUAUGGAGGCGUUCAAGCUCGAUGCCCUUGAGAAGACAAUACUCGCCUUGGCCUUCAAAAUGGGAUCAAGACCCGACCUCAAGACGAAAGCUGAUGCUAUUCUGUCGACCAAUUUCCCCACCUUUAUCAAUAUUCUGAAUCAGCGCGGCCACGAUGACCAUGCGGACCUGACCGAUUCUUUCAUCGCUAUCCUCGUCGAUCGCUUCAUCCAGUACCAGCCUCCCAACCUCAACGCUGCCGCAAAAUCCGAGCUCGUCUUUAAAGUACAGGCAAGAUGGCAUGAUGCGCAGGCUCCCCCGCCAUCCGAGGUGCUCGCGGCGCUCGAUCUUGUGAGGGUGCUGGCUGACAAGCCCCCCAACGCGCUGGCCACCUAUAUCCAGAGGACUGGCAUCGAUUUCACGCGGGAUGUGGAGGCCUGUGUCUCCCUUCUACAAAACCGGCCUCAACACAUUCAACUCAGCGAGGAGCAAGUAUCGAUCGCCCUGACCUACACCACGAUCAGUCAGACGCCGCAAUACGACCCAUCGAUUCUCGCAGCAGCUCUUCGCCGUGUUCUGUCCGCCAGCUUUAGAUGGCAGGACGUUGUGUCAUAUUUCGAUCACAGAUCGGCCAGAAUUUCAUCGCGACAAUUCCUCCGACUGUACAACGCUCUGCUGCCGAUUGCCCAAGACGACCCCAGUUUUGACAUCCAGAAGUUGUGGGGUGGAAACUGGGAACAUCCGGAGACACAACUUUCCUUCAUCUGCGCCUUCGCCUCACUCCAGCCCGAUCAGCUAGACGCCAGCUCCAUCCCGGGUCUAGUGCCGACACUCACCUUGGAUAACUACACGCAAUCGCCCCCGGAGGUACAACAGCGAGCAGCUUUCGCGGUCAAACACGCGCUGGUGUCGGUCGAAGCUUUGUCAGCAGUCUUCCACGUGGCCCUUCACUCGGUACACGCGUCGCAGAGUGUCGAGGCCAAACGCCUGUUCCAAGAGGUCGUGGUCCCGAAUUUGGAUAUCUUUGUGGUCUCCGCGUUCGGAGUACCGAAGCCUUGGCCGACGAUGGCUGUGGACACGCUGAAUUCGCUUUUCGAAAGUUUUCUCUACAAGCGGUCGACGGAAUACGACUUUGUCCUCGACAGUUUGUGGAAGAAGGACAAGGAAUGGGUGGUCCAGCAGCUAAUCAAUGCGCACGCCGUCAAGCCAACUGACUUGCCGCUCAUGUUUGAACAUGCCCUCAAGCAUAAGUGGCUUGAUGAGCUAGUGUAUCUGCCGAACGGCUUCGGACUCGAUCUUGCUGCUCUUGCGCACGCUGAGGGGUAUCUUGAUCUGGCCAGUUGGGCUCGCCGUAACGCGGAGAGAAGUCAGGAGAUUGCUCGGUCGCUUCUGCAAUUUCUUGUCAUCAAAGCGAGUCUCGAAUUGCAGUUUCAGCGGCCUUUGGACAACCAGCCACCGGUUAAAUCGAGCACCACGUUGCAAGUGAGGACCGUCGCUGCUUUCUUGCAGAUUCUGGAAGACUUUCUGCCAAAAACCCCCCUCCAGGAUCUCAUCAUGGUCCAGCGGUCAUGCAUCACCGUCUAUCCAAGGUUGAUCAAUUAUGGCGAGGGAUUCGACGACAUCAUCGAUGCCAACGGCAAGGACGGCAACGCUUUGCCCCCUGCCGCCAACGCCAAGAUGGAAGAGCAUUACAAAAGGAUGUAUGGCGACGAGAUCCAAGUCCGUAACAUCGUCGAGGUUCUCGAUCGAUACAAACACUCGCGCGACCCAUUGGAUCAAGACGUGUUUGCAUGCAUGAUCCAUGGCUUGUUUGACGAGUACGCCCACUACGUCGACUAUCCUCUUGAAGCGCUCGCUACCACUGCAGUGCUCUUUGGUGGCAUCAUCUCGCACAAGUUGAUAUCGGACUUGCCCCUCAAGAUUGGCCUUGGUAUGAUCUUGGAGGCGGUUCGGGACUACAUGCCGGAGGAUUCCAUGUACAAGUUUGGCCUGCAGGCCUUGAUGCAGCUCUUCUCUCGAUUCAAGGAAUGGCCAGGCUUUUGCCGACAGCUACUGCAAAUCCCCGGAUUGCAAGGCACCGAAGCUUGGAAGAAAGCUGAGGAUGUCGUUCGGGAUCACGAAGACGAACUUGCUCGUUCACGCAACGGUGCGGGGGCACCUUCACACGGGUCCUCGUUCAGCGCCGAGCCUCUCACGAAUGGCAACGCAACCGACGGCAGACCUACGGAACGUCAGCCACCGCCUUUCACCUCCAUCAAUGCUAUGGAGCGUCCACCUGGUGUCGAUUUCGAAGAGCCUUCAAGCGAUACUCAGGGCAAGAUCCAAUUUGUUCUGAACAACUUGACCGAGACCACACUACAGACGAUGUGUCAAGAGUUGCGAGACAUUCUCGAUAAGCGACACCAGCAAUGGUUUGCCAGUCAUCUAGUCGAGGAGCGGGCCAAAAUGCAGCCAAAUUAUCAUCAGGUGUAUCUCGAGCUUGUCAAGCUGUUUGAGGACAACGUUCUCUGGUCUGAGGUACUCAGAGAGACGUACGUUAGUGUCGCGCGUAUGCUCAAUUCCGAAGCCACGAUGCAGAAUUCAACCGAACGAUCUCACCUCAAAAACCUCGGUGGCUGGCUGGGACUGUUGACUCUAGCGCGGGACAAACCUAUCAAGCACAAGAACAUCGCCUUCAAGCAGCUUCUCAUCGAGGCUCACGACACUAAGAGACUGAUCGUGGUGAUUCCUUUCGUCUGCAAGGUCCUCCUGCAAGGCGUUACGUCAACCGUCUUCCGCCCGCCCAACCCUUGGCUCAUGGACAUCAUCCACCUGCUCAUCGAAUUGUACCAUCAUGCCGAACUGAAGUUGAACCUGAAGUUCGAGAUCGAGGUGUUGUGCAAGGGGCUUAAUCUUGACCACAAGAGCAUCGAACCGUCGGGAGAAAUACUGAAUCGUGCGACUGUGGAGGAGCCUCAAGAAAUGCUCCCUCAGGAGACAUUGGAAACUUUCGAGAAUCUGUCUCUGAAUGGGAUCACCACCGGGGUCACUGCCAGUCUUUCACCCCAGGUGGCGGCAGCCUCUAUACCAGAUCUCGGACCCCUCAUCAAUAUUCCGCCCACGAAUGAGAUGGUCGUCACCGCUACUCGUCUCCACGAAAUUGUUCGCACCGCUCUGACGCGAGCCCUUCAGGACAUCAUCCAGCCCGUGGUGGACAGAUCGGUAACGAUUGCUGCCAUCUCCACUCAGCAGAUGAUUCACAAAGACUUCGCUACUGAGCCUGAUGAGAGCAGGGUCAGGACGUCGGCAAUCAACAUGGUCAAAGCUACUGCUGGCAGCCUGGCCUUGGUGACUUCGAAGGAACCCCUCAGGGCGAACUUUACCAACUACAUGCGCAACUUGUCGAACGACCUACCCCAAGGUCUCCCAGAAGGCACGAUCAUUAUGUGCGUCAACUCCAAUCUUGACCUCGCCUGCAACAUCAUUGAAAAGCAGGCUGAAGAAAGAGCCAUUCCCGAAAUCGAGGAGAUGAUAGAACCGGAGUUGGAGGCCCGUCGUCGCCAUAGGCUACAAAGACCCAAUGACCCUUACGUGGAUGCCUCUCUCAGCCGAUGGGCCUGGACUAUACCCAACCCAUUCAAGCUGUCCCCCAACAUGGGCGGUCUGAACCCGGAGCAGAUGGCCAUUUAUGACGACUUUGCCCGCCAGCCGCGGACGACCACUUCGAACGCUCCUUCCCACGUCCCGUCAGCAUCCGAUGCUACUCGCUCUCUUGCCAACGAGGUUCUCCAAGAGCAGUUCUCUGCCGUCCCCAGUUUGGGAGCCGCCGCAGAGGCUCCGGCGGUCCAGCAUCUCAACUCGCAGCUUCAGCAGUACGCUCCCGUCCACGCCGGUAGCAUGGCCAGCGCAAGACCACAGGCUUUUGCGAUGGAUGGCAGGGCGUUGAUCGAGCGUGUGCAAAAGCUGCUCAUGGAGCUCCAGCGGGUAGCGACUGAGGCCCGUGAGGAGCAUUUCGCCGACCUCCCCCGGCCCCACCCUGUGCUGGAUGUUGUGGACGCUUUAGUUCAGCACAUGAUCAAGGCAUCGCAAACGUCUGAGGAGUUUGCGAUUUUUGCUGCUGACCAAAUUACUCAGCUUGUUUUCAACCAGGUCGAAGAUAAUCUGGCACUGGAGAGCCUUGUCCAUGUUCUCGAAACAAUUAGGAAGAUUUCGGGACCAACGCUCAACAACAGGGUGGCCUCGCUGUUCCGUCAGCAGCCCGCAUCGACUUUCCUCCAUAUGCCUCUGCUGGCUGCUCUCUUGCGCACCGAUCUUCUGGACUGGAGGAGCAUCGACAUGGCAAUGGCUAAGGCACUGCAGCAAAGAAAGGAGGGCUCGCUGGACUUCUUAGAUCAGAUGAUCGAUUUGACUCUGCUGGGUAGCCGACCAUUGGCGCUGUAUGGUGACUUUGUCCGCACGCUCGAAGCUGCUUGGGUUUGGGUUCAAGACGAACCUGACUCUGCGAUGGCACAGCGACUGAGAGCCAAACUUUCGGGCCAGACGCCGCCACAAGGUCUGCCACAAGAGACUGAAGGGUCCCUACAGCAGGAUCAGAUGGAGUACGUUUUUGAGGAGUGGAUGCAUCUCUGUAACAACCCGAAUGCUUCAGAGAGCUCUGCCAUUAUGUUUGUUCAGCAAGUUCAAAGCCGAGGCGUCGUCAAAACCAAGGACGAUUUGUUCCUACUCCUUCGGGUCGCAAUAGACCUCUCAGUGGAACGCUUUGAACAUAUUGUUCACUCGACGGGUACCUUGACGGAUGCGUUCCUCGCCGUCGAUGCCCUGGCCAAGAUGAUCAAUAUCUUCGUCCGACUUCAUGGCGAGCCGGAGUCAGGUUCGUCCACCAGUCGAGCUGUUUAUCUGGAUUCGAUCUUGGCUUUGAUCACUCUUGUCCUCAACCAUCACCACGUCAAGCGUGCGGAACACUUCAACCAAAGAGUGUUUCACAGGCUUUUGUCCGUACUGUUGUAUGAGACCAAUACCACUGCAGAAGAGCUUCCCGAGGCGGAGAGGUCAGAGUUGUUCCUUAAGUUCGCGGCCAGACUCGCUGACCUCGGGCCGCGAUACCUUCCGGGCUUCGUUUUUGGGUGGUUGUCUCUGCUUCAGCACCGUGUCUUCCUUCCAAACAUCAUGAAGGAACAUUCCGGAUGGGCUGCGUUUACCAAACUUAUGCAGUUGCUUCUGGAGCAUAUCGGGGAGCAGAUCAAGGCGAUUGAGCCGUCCAACGUGGCACGUGAGAUUUAUCGCGCCACGCUCAAGCUGCUUGUCAUACUGCAGCAUGACUACGUGGAGUACAUGAUUACCCACGCGCAUCAACUAACGGCCAGCGUGUCCCCUCUUUGCAAGCAACUCCUUAACGCCAUCUUAAUGGCGGCCCCCCCUCAGACAGAGACGUCCGAUCCGCUGUUCCCGGGUCUGCAGAUCGAUCGUUUGGAAGAGAUCAGGAAAUUGGCCGGCAGUGUGGAUGACUCCGCAUCCCAACUGCGAGAAUGGGGCUUGCUCGAGGUUCUUGAUCAUGCGCUGCUGAAUGGGCCCUCCGAAGACACACUGGCACACAUCGCACGCGCCAUUGUCGAGAGCCAGCGCACCGACACUGGUUUUGGAUACGUGCCAAUCAACGCCAACCUCCGUGUCAUUGAGGCCGUCACUCUCCACGUCGGCAACUAUGCAGUCGAGCAAGCCGCCCAGAAGAACACCGAGCCGUUCAACCCGGCUUCCUCAGACUUCGCUACCCUGUCUAUGCUACUCCACGAGUUGCCCGCUGAGGCUCGGUACUAUUUGAUUAUGAGCAUCACAAAUCAACUUCGGUUUCCGAAUGCCCACACAAGUUACUUCAGCAGAGUUCUUCUGGAGGUAUUCGGUCAGGACAUCAACGAUCCAGAGGAAACUGACAUUCGGCAACAAAUCACUCGCGUACUUUUGGAGCGCCUCAUCGGAUUUUGGCCUCAGCCUUUUGGCCUCGUGGUUACUGUUGUUGAGCUGCUCAAGAACGAGAAGUACAUGUUCUUUGACCUUCCUUUCGUCAAGUCAAAUCCCGAGGUCAUCGAUCGCUUCCAUGCAGUUCUACAGCGGGCAGCAUAA